AUGAACUGGGUUGGGGGCAGUCGGAGCAGAAUCAUACUUAAGCAGGAGAGAAGAAAGCAAAAGGAAUUCUUCGAAAAGAAAAAACUUAGAUCAAAGAUGAAGCUACUGGGAGUGUCCUCAUCCCCUAAAAGUUCAAGAGUCAGUUUAGAUCUUCUCAAUCUGUAUGUUGUUAACCAGAUAGCAAGCAAGAAGGAUAAUACUGACAGCAUAAGAAAACCAGUCUAUGUUGAUAUGUCAAGGGGUAUAAAAAUACCAGUGAAAAGAUAUAAUAUGGAACUUCCUGUGUCACCGCAACGUGCAUCAUAUAAAACAAAUCUAGAUGACAUCCAAAACAGGGCACAACAACAAGUAUUAGAUAAUAGAAGAAAGCAUCUCUCAGACAAGACAAAAUACCAACCACAAUUAUCUCAAGCUAUGGAAUCAACUUGCACAGACUGUAGUACAGAACCUCAGUACAAUGUAGCAGCAGCAGCAGAUUAUAGCUCCUGUCCACAGUCCUCUUCUGUUUCCUGGUCUUCAAAAUGUAAACAGUUUCCAGAACAAAAUUUCAGCACAAAUCUAUUUCUACCAUUUUCUCAGCCUGGAAAUAUUAAUUGCCAAGACCCGUGGAUUUCAAAUUCCAAAAACAGCCAAUGCAUUUUCAAUGAGUCAGAUACAACAGUACCAGGAGCAUUGUUUAGUCAUUUGCAUAGUCCAGGAUAUAUGAACUCAGCUGGUAAAUCUCCAGCUCUAAUUACCGGUAAUGAUUCUAUAAGCGGCAACAGAAUAAAAGAAUCAUUGUUUGAUAUUGUGGAAGAAACAGCAAUACCAAAUACCACCCAGGAUGAAACCAGUCAUUCCAUUCUAGCAUUGUUCAAAGAUGAGAGCAAGCUGAUUCAUAAUACUCCCUCCAAAAAGCAUUGCAGUUCUUUUGUUAACCAAAGCAGUAUCAACCAAUUAUUUACAGGUCAUGAUAAUACAAAUCAAAUGUUUAACAGAUGUAGCCUUUAUGACAUUAAAGAGGUUUAUCACAAGACUGACUGUGCUGAAAGAUGUACUGUAGGCAGGUGCCUUAAGGGAAUUUUCACAGUUCCAGAACAGAAUUUCUUUCAAAGGAACAAUAAUUCGAGCACUAGCCAUAAACAAAAGGAAAAGUCUAAUAAGAGCUACUUGAAAGAGUGCCUUGAAGGACAAUAUUACUUCACACCUUCUGAAAUACAAGAAAAUCCUGCAAAGUAUGAAAGAUUAGAAGAGGAAAAUGGUAAUUUGGAAAUGAGUUCAAAGCUUGAAGAGAUGCAAAAGGACACUGAAUCCUCCCUGAGCAGUCAGUCCCCCUGUUAUUCUCCCAAGCUAACAGAGAGUUGUGUCAAUACUGGUUCUGAGAUGUCAGAAGAGGAGGAACCAGCUGAAAAGAAGAAAUGUCUUUAUGAGAACUCUUUUCACAGAAACAAAGCCAAUCCAAGUGCUGCUUCAACAAACAAAGGCCCAGAGUGCAGCUCUCUCACAGACAGCAUGCCUUUCCUUCCAGGCAAUAGUUUGGCUGUCAAAGCAGCCAGAAUUUCUCAACAGAAAGAGGCUAUUUUACAAGCUACACAGGAGGAAAAUAAAGGGCUAGCUGUUCUACCUCAGUACAACUCAUCACACAUAGUACUUAAGCAGGAGGCUUUUAAUCACAAUGAGAGACAUGAUGCUUGGUCGCAAACGGAGACCUUUACUGUAGGAGCAGAAAAAAUGGAUGCUGCCACACAGUGUGCUCUGAUACAGGCAUGCAGCUGUAGAAACCAUCUUUCCUCUGUCCACAGUGCUGAAAUGAUCACUGGUGUAAACAAAGCAGAUACCGCUGGAGGGCAGGAAAUCCCAGCAGAUGAGGCUCUUCCAUUUUCAAGUACAGACAAUGCAACAGGUACUACAGAGUUUCCUCCUGAAACUGAGUAUCUGACUUUGGCUGACAAGAUGACUCUAGAUGUUCUGAACUAUUUUAAUGUAAUGACAAAGAGGGAAAAGAGCAACUGA